UUGAAGCUUUCCUUUCAAGGAAAAAGAUGAAGAAGUCACACAAAACCAAAGAGCUUACAUCAGUCGAAAAGAAGAAAGAAAAAAUCAAAAAUAAGCAAGUACAACUUGGCUGGAAACAUUUCAGAGAAGAAGAUGAUGCUUAUGUCCUGGUCCCCUUAUCAAAGGGAGGAGGAAGUCGAACAGUUGAUGUCCCAGUUACAAUAAGCAGAUUUGAAUUGCAUCAAAUGUGCAAAAGCCUUUUCUUCCCUGAUGGACAAUCACUGUUUGGAAAAGCUGAUGACAUGCUUAUGGAUCUGGCCAAUUUUAAAGAUGAAAAGAUUAGCGAUACCAUCACUGUUGGAGCUGACUGUACAGUCCCGUUCAACGUAGCAAACUACAUGGAAGCUCACAAGAUUAAAACAGUAAGAUUGUACCUACGAUCCAAAUUAUUAACAACUGACAGCAAUGAUGAUCUAUACCAUUCACCCUUUGAUAUCAAAGAGGUCAUGCCACCUGUAGAGUUGAAUGAGGGGAGCUCAUUAAUUGGCCAAACUGAUGGUCCAUUGGUACCAAUGGUACGAUUGGUACCAAUAGAAAAGCACCCUAUGCCAAUGGUUCUGUUGGUGCAUAUGCAUCUAAUUAAGGGGACUUAGAUUAUUUUCCCAUGUGACCUGGUUGGGUAUAGGGCAAUUCCAAUGGUCCAUUGGUUACCAAUGGUACGAUUGGUACCAAUGGAAAAGCACCCUAUUCCAAUGGUUCUAUUGGUGAAUAUGCAUCUCAUUAAGGGGACUUAGAUUAUUUUCUCAUGUGGUCUGGCUGGGUACAGGGCAAUUCCGAUGGUCCAUUGGUACCAAUGGUGCGAUUGGUACCAAUGGAAAAUGAUGCCAUUCCAAUGGUUCUAUUGGUGCAAAACAAGUUCACCUUUACACCAAGUGAAAACGCGCUAAUAAUUAUUAUGAACGUUCCUCGUUCUAUAGGAAAACCACGCAAAACAAGUUCGCUUUUACAUCAAGUAAAAGCGCGCUAUAAUUCUUAUGAAUAUUCCUCGUUCUAUAUCCCAAUCACGCAAAACAAGUUCCCUUUUACACCAAGUAAAAGCGCGCUAUGAUUCUUAUGAAUAUUCCUCGUUCUAUAAGCCAACCAUGCAAAACAAGUUCGCUUUUACACCAAGUAAAAGCGUGCUAUAAUUCUUAUGAAUAUUCCUCGUUCUAUAAGUCAACCACGCAAAACAAGUUCGCUUUUACACCAAGUAAAAACGCGCUAAUAAUUAUUAUGAAUAUUCCUCGUUCUAUAAGCCAACCACACAAAACAAGUUGCCUUUUACACUAAGUAAAAACGCGCUAAUAAUUAUUAUGAAUAUUCCUCGUUCUAUAAGCCAACCACGCAAAACAAGUUCGCUGUUACACCAAUUAAAAACGCGCCAUAAUUCUUAUGAAUAUUCCUCGUUCUAUAGGCUAACCACGCAAAACAAGUUCGCUUUCACACAAAGUAGAAACGCGCUAAUAGUUACAAAGCGAGGGCGACCUAUAUAUCUAGCGCUAAUAAUAUCUCAAGGUGCUGUGAGUAUAACAAACAUCGUACGAACAUUAAAAUUGAAAGGUAACGCGUCACUGUCGGGUUCGUUCUGUCUAUUGUGAUUCACGAGCAAACAACAUGACAUAUGAAUGUCUUCUUUCCUGUACGCAAGCACUAUUUUUUGGUAAUUCUUACUUGUUAAAAGAACCCGAAACAACGCGGAAAGGCGCGAAACUAGCAAAGUGGUAUUGAGGCAACAGGUUUUAACAACUGUACUCAACUCACUGUGAAAUUAACUUCUGAAAUUUCUUAGCGCAAUUUCAUUAUCUACAUGGAAGCGUUUAAACCAAAACAAGUUUUCAAUGAAGAGUUUCCGAAAAGGGUGGUUAUAUCAUGCUGUUGGUUAUGACUUUGUAUUGUAUUUGGUGGCUCCUAAGAGAGCCGUUUUAUAUUCAAGUGACUGAGGUCACUUUUGACUGUUGACGUGGGGUUUGUCGUGGUAACCCAUUGAGGUACACCAGUUUGCUAUAAUCAAGGUCGUAGUAAAACCAUUGAUGUAUUUAAUGUCAACGUUGUCGUUGACAAAUUGUAUUUGCCGUGCUCUUUUCUCGGCUGUAGCUUGCGAUGAGGCCCAGGACUGAGCUAGAAGAAUCCAUCUACUGAUGAUUUCAGGAUUGCACCCCUUGCCGUGGAAAAACAGCAGAAGUUUGAAUGUCUCCUUAUCACUCAUAAACAUAUGAAUCGACGGAGAUUUUUAAUGUUUAAUGGAUGCAUAUUCACCAAUAGAACCACUGGAAUGACAUCAUUUUCUAUUGGUACCAAUCGUUCCAUUCGUACCAAUGGACCAUUGGAAUUGCCCUUUACCCAGCCAGACCACAUGAGAAAAUAAUCUAACUCUCUUAAUGAGAUGCAUAUUCACCAAUAGAACCAUUGGAAUAGGGUGCUUUUCCAUUGGUACCAAUCGUACCAUUGGUACCAAUGGACCAUUGGAAUUGCCCUGUACCCAGCUAGACCACAUGAGAAAAUAAUCUAAGUCCCCUUAAUGAGAAGCAUAUUCACCAACAGAACCAUUGGAAUAGGGUGCUUUUCCAUUGGUACCAAUCGUACCAUUGGUACCAAUGGACCAUUGGAAUUGCCCUGUACCCAGCCAGACCACAUGAGAAAAUAAUCUAAGUCCCCUUAAUGAGAUGCAUAUUCACCAAUAGAACUAUUGGAAUAGGAUGCUUUUCUAUUGGUACCAAUCGUACCAUUGGUACCAAUGGAGACCCUUCUUCUCACCACUAACACCAAUGGAGUCUAUUUGUGAGUAUUGGACAACCCUCUAAUUGGCUUAUCAGAAGACAGAAAAGCUCUAAAAGAGGAACAGGAUGAAGCAUAUCGAGUCUCUUUACUAACCGAUGAGAAGGGGUGUGCUGAUCUGGAAAGAAAGAUUCAUGAUGAAAAAUGCAAAGAAAGACUUCAGAGAGCCAGAAUGGAGAGGGUACUUCCUGAACCGAGUAGUGAUUUUGUAACUGUGAAGAUUAGACACCCAUCUUUAGGUUUACAAUCAAGAAAAUUUCCAACCCACACAUUGAUGAAUUCAGUUUACGAUUGGGCAGGUUCUUUGGCUACUGAACCAGAACACUUCACACUAAAUGAUCCUUUAGGGAAAAUGCUACUUCCAAUUAGUGAACUUGACGACAGGUGUACAUUGACUAUGAUUGAGUCUCAAGAGGGAACCCCUUCUCUGCUGUCUUCUGAUGAUGAAGUUGAUUUCUUGGGGUUUGGUCCAGCAGUUGACACAAGUGAAUUUAGUGAAUUGUUUACAGAGUUUGAUGAACCAGACAUUCAAGGAAGUCGAGAUGCACAAUAUUCAGUGUUUGUAUCAUGAUUUCCUACUUUCUUAUAUAGUUUCUUUUUAGCACCUUUGUAGGCUUUAAUAAUGCGUGUAGGGAAGCUGUGAUGAUUGUAUCUUAGGACUUGUGGUUAAUAUGGACACCAUAGGUCAUGCUACCUUCAAGGAAGGUGGGUCUCUAUGAGUAUUAAGAUACCAUAGCGUUCCUUUUUAUGAAGAUGGUGUGAUAGAAGACACAGAGGUCUCAAAUUAUUUUGCAAAAUUGAGGAUGCCAUACACCUCAGGGUUAUUUUAACUUCUUUGUUGUCAUGCUCAGUAAUAUCAGGUAAAUUUUGCUUUUAAAACAGCUGUUUUCAAUGGCGUGUCUCUCAUUUACUCUUAGUAGCCAUGCAUCUGCUAGGCAGAAAAAUCUUCAACAAACCCAAGCACCAUCUAUCAGGUAUUUAUGAUCGACAUAAUACUUAUUAUUAUAGGUAGCAUCCCAAAGCCAUUUGUUUUAUGUCACUAUAUUUGUAUUUUGUAACAAAUUUGUGUGAUAUUGGUAUAGCCUAAUGCAGCAAAUAUAAUGUUUUAAGUGCUUCUGAAUGAGUCCUGCAUUACAUGCAGGAUAGAUAUAGAGAAAAGAGAGAAAUAUUAUUAGAAAUAUUUUGCUCGUUCCACCUUCAGUUAACUAUUAUUUGACCUUUUUUUUGUUGUUGGGUACUCAUCACUACAGUUUCUCUCGUUUUCUUUGAAGCAGUGCAUCUGCUAUAAGCGACAGUUCUGCCCAACCACAACCACCCUCUAUCUCUAUCAGGUAUUUGGAAACUUAUGUUAAUUUCAUAUCCAUUGACUAUCAGUUACAACUACGGUUUAUAUUCUAAGUCUAGAUUUGUAGCAAAUAUGUUAUCCUGUAAUACAGCUAUCAUAACGUUCUGCAUGAAUUUUUUCUUUCAGUCCUUUUUGAUUAUUGAUCACAAAUUUUCCAUGAGAAAUUCGGAACAAUAUAAGUGAAACACACACACACACCCCAAGGUGUCCGUCAUUAUCAGUCUUCUAUGAAAGUGUCCUCAGAUCCUAUCCAGAGAGGAAUAGCAAUAUUGUUGUUGUUGUUGUUUUUUUUAAUUUACAAAAUCUCAGGUAUGCCCUGUCGGUGUAGACGCCCUUGGCUCGUGUGUAGAGCAUUUUCACUUUUUUUCUUAGUUUGCGAGCCGGCGGAUUUCUCCAAAUGCUGUGACGUGAUUUUGCUUCCGGGAGCAAGCGUUUUUUCCAAUCUUCCUUGACAAAACUGGGUGGAAUCGUUCUGGCAGCCUCAUUCAAAAGUUUGUUCAUUGUUUGUGAAAGAGGAAAAGCCGUGAUUUUAAACCUUUUUUUCUUUAAAGUGGGACGCUUAUUGGGACCAGCUAGGAAAAAGUUAAUUUUCCUAGCUAGACUAGUUUGCUCACAUUUCAGUACAUCAACACACAGAAUAUGGAGGGUCACGUAAAAUUUUCGUAAAACAAAUGUAAAAAUAAAAGUGUUAUGCACCUUCGUUUUGGGCUGUACUCAAGGACCUCUUGGCAGGUGAAUAACAUAUAAACUAUUUUUGCAUUGUACAGGUUCAUCAGAAUUCGAAGGGUCCAGAUAAUGUCUGAUAUGAUUGAAGUGUUCAAGGAUCGAUCGGUUAUGGAAGCUCGACUUAAAGUAACAAUGAUCAAUGCACAUGGCCAAGAAGAAGCUGGUUCCGAUGAAAAUGGAGUGUUUAGAGAUGCACUAUCAGCAUUCUGGUCAGCAUUUGAAAAUUCAUGCAUUGUUGGAGAAGAUGAACGAAUACCAGUCAUACGCCAUGAUUAUCAGUGUCCCGGAUGGGAGGCCAUAGCUAGAAUCCUUGUAAAAGGAUUUUAUCAACUUAACUUUUUCCCUGCUAAAUUAAAUCAAGCAUUUAUUAUUGCCACCCUUUUUGGGGAAAAUGAAGUGUCACAGGAAGUGCUACUCAACUCGUUCUUGUCUUAUUUAUCCAGGCAUGAAAGGGCCUUGGUUGAGAAUGCAUUAAGGCACAGUUUGAACGAUGAACAGAGUGAGGAGUGGCUUGAUUUCUUAGAUAGAUUUGGGUGUAAGCAAGAACCCACGCCAGAACAAAUCAGGGAUACAAUCCUAGAAAUUGCUCACAAAGAGCAAAUACAGGCUGGUCAGUACAUUAUCGAUUGCUGGCAUGAGCCAUGCCGUAGUUUAAAAACAGUUAUCUUCAACGUUAGUGAACUUGUUAAUGUCCUAAAUAGAGCUAUCCCAACAAACAAGAAAGUGAUCGAUCUCCUUGAAGUAAUCCCAGAGCCGCAAAAUAAUGGCCAAAGGGAAUCAAAUUCCUAUUUUAAACGUUACCUGAGAGGUCUAGAUACUGAAAGAUUAAUGAAAGUUUUGCGUUUCCUUACAGGAGCUACCGUCAUAUGCAUGGACAAAAUUAAGGUUACUUUCACUUCUCUUGAUGGGUUUGAAAGGCGCCCGGUUGCUCAUACAUGUGAACCUUCCUUAGAAUUGCCCUCCACGUACCGAAAUUUUCCAGAAUUCAGACAAGAAAUAAACAACAUCCUAGAUAGUGAAUUUUGGGAGAUGGAUAUUGCUUAA